ACAUCAUCAUUCCAAUUUCUACUGUUCGUUCGUGUACUUCAAGUUAUAUUACUUAUUAUUCAUCAUGUCUGGUCGUGGUAAAGGCGGUAAAGUCAAGGGAAAGUCAAAGACUCGUUCAUCUCGUGCCGGAUUACAAUUCCCCGUUGGACGUAUCCACAGAUUGCUCCGUAAAGGAAAUUAUGCCGAACGUGUUGGAGGCGGUGCUCCAGUAUACCUUGCCGCAGUUAUGGAAUACUUGGCUGCUGAAGUUCUGGAAUUGGCAGGUAAUGCCGCCCGUGACAACAAGAAGACUCGUAUCAUUCCGAGACAUUUACAAUUGGCCAUCAGAAACGACGAGGAAUUGAACAAAUUGUUAUCUGGCGUUACUAUCGCUCAAGGUGGUGUAUUGCCAAAUAUUCAAGCUGUUCUUUUACCCAAGAAGACCGAAAAGAAAGCCUAAGUUCUCUUCUCAUUUCUAAAACGGCCCUUUUCAGGGCCACCA